AUGCAGGAUUCAGAAAUUGAUGUCUCUGAAGAGAAAUAUAAUGUAUUUUCUGAAGAAUCGUCUACAGAAUCAGAAAUUAUCCACUAUAUAGAUUUUGCUGGUGUUGAUAUGGAGAAAAAAACAUUAUAUAUUGACACAGUUCCUCGAACAAGAGAAUGGGUUAUCAUGCGUAUUGAAAAAAUUAUAGAAACACUAAUUUCUUGUAUUUAUAAUAGAAAACCAUUAUUAUUAAAACUUUCAACAAGAAAUAAUAAAUGGUAUAGUAUUUUUGAUAGACAGACCAAUAUGAUCAAAAGAAAUUCAAUAGGCAAAGAACGUUUUUUUAGAUUUCCAGAUAGAACAAAAAAGGGUUCUUGGAAAUUUGCUGUUCUUGUUCGAGUUUUGGAUUUAAUUCAUGAAGCUCUAGUGUCGAAUACACCAGUAACAAAAAGAAAUAUUUUCUAUCGUGAUGUAAAUUUGUUUAAAGAACAGAAAAUUGUCGACAAUAUUAUAGAAGAUAUUGCAUUCACUUUUAAAAUCAGACGAUCUGCACUUAAUGUGUUAGCAACUGCCAGAGGGCUUGUAUGUGGAUAUAUAAAGAUAAAAAGAAAGAAUCUUGAUGAAAUAAAUUGUCUGCAAGAUUCAGAAGUAUUAAUACCUUCAGAGACUGAAAUAGAAGGUGUAGAAAUUGAAGCUGAUUGGAUUCUUGUUGUUGAAAAAGAGUCAACCUUCAAAACAUUAACAAUAUGUAAACUUUAUGAUCACCCUGUAGCAGGAAAAGGGGUUAUUAUUACGGCAAAAGGAUUCCCUGAUAUAUCAACAAGAGAAUUUUUAUAUAUGAUAUCAAAGUCUAUUUCAUCUUCUCAAAACCCUUAUAAACGAUCGACUCCCAUAUUAUGUUUAGUAGAUCAUGAUCCGUAUGGAAUUGGUAUUUUAGCUACAUAUAAAUAUGGUUCCUAUGCAACAGCUCAUAAUAGUCAUUUAAUGGCUAUACCAUCAAUCAAAUGGGUGGGUGUACAUUCAAAUGAUUUCGAUAAAACCCAAGAAAAUGGGUAUAUUCCAAUGAGUAAACAUGAUGUAAAAAAAGCAUUCGAGCUUUUGCAAAAAGAAUGGAUUCAAGACCAUAUUAGCUGGAGAAAUGAAUUAUGUAGAAUGUUAUUCACCGGUAUGAAAGCCGAGAUUCAAUUAAUAUGCGAAAAUGAUGGAAGAUGUUUGACAGAAUAUUUAGCAGAUAAAAUCGCCAAAGGUAAAUGGAUAUAA